UGACACGCUUGGGCAAAAAAACCGCCUUCUUCCGGUGGCGAGCGGAACGGAAGCAAGAAGGAACAUGGCGGAAGUUGAUAGGCAAGAAAGCACCAGCUAGUGGUGCCUAGGAAUAAGCGCACCGGAGACGGAUGCAGUAGCCUUGACGGAAGCUCCCCGAAGUCGGAAGAACGUCACAAGGUUGGGCUCAGACUAAUACACUAGCGGCGGGGGUAGGGGAAAGUUGGCAGCUGGAAAGCAACUGAGGCACUUGGGCUCCGUUUUCCUCGUCACUAUGUCCCGAAUGCCUCAGGGGGCAGCUCAGAGCGAGGUCAGGAAGGGCGAAGGGCACGAGGGGUCCGGCGCUUCCGCCGCCUCGCCCUGUGUUACAGGUCAUAUAUACAAAGUAGUUCACACUACUGGGCUGGAUGGAAAAAACCUUCUGGAAUUGCUUCCACUUUCUAAACGUAUAGGAAACAUUGUGUCGUUGGUUCAGCCACCAGUCAUCUCUGAUGCUAAAGGGGAAGACUCCAUGUCUGGUCAUGUUCAUCUUAAGGACCUGUUUACAAAUAUAACUCCGUCUUCAUUUGUUAAAGCUUCUGAACUUAAGACAGCUACUCCUGGAAAGUUAAUUUUACCAAAGCCAUUGGAAGAAAUGGAAAAUAUGGAAGUAGCUCCUCUUGCAAAAGAGAACCCAACUACGCCACCACCUUCUAGCAUUCACAGCAGUUAUCAUUCAGCUGAUAAUUCCUUGGAAAAGGAUGCUACCCUAGUUUCCCCACACAAGAGCUGUGCAGUAUAUGUACCUUUGAAUAAAGAACACCCAGUUACUGUGAAGAGUCCUGCAGUGCCCUCUGGACAUCACCUCCAAAUACCAGCUCACGCAGAAGUAAAAUCUGUCCCAGCUUCUUUUUUGCCUCCAACAAUUCAACAGAAGAUACUGGCCACAGCAGCCUCAAAUGCCUCUCGAACAUGUGAAGUUACAAACGCAUCAACUGUUAUAUAUGUGUCACCAGUAAAUACAGUGAAAACACAUUCAACACCAUUGCCAAAUUUAUGUCCAAAGCCUGUCAGGGAAGUUUCAAAAUCUUUGAUGCUGACAAUGGCACAAUCAGCAGCCAGUAGUUCUGCCCUGGCAACAUCUGAUAGCCUGGGAAACCAAUCAUCUCCUAUGAAGUGGGUUGUCGAAGAAAACCCACAAUCGGCAUCCUGCCUUGUUCCUGUAAAGUCAUCAAACAGCGUGGCAUCAAAUAUCUUAAAAAUAUUGGUUAAUCCUGAAGACGGAAAAAACAACCCUGCCAGUAUUCUGCCUACUUGUUCGAACAACCUGAAUGAAAGCCAAGCAAAAAUGCCCUCGAUUAAUGAUAAUGCUCUGGUGAUGUUCAAUGGGAAGGUGUAUUUACUGACUAAGAAAGAGUCCACUGUGACAUCAGCAAGCAAAUGUAGCAAGCAAGUAUCGCUCGGUGCUGAAACACAUUUCAGAAAAAAUACAUUACAGUUAAUUAAUUCAGCUGCAGAUAGUACAAUAACCAACCAAGUUGUCAAUCUAGUAUUGUCGAAGAACAAAGGAAUUGCCCCUUGUGCAAAGGAUCCAAAAUCCAGUGAGAAUAUGAGACUUUUCCCACAGUCUGAACUAAAGAAUUUUAAAGUUACGUCUCCAUCUUUCACACCACCACAUGGGAAUCUGCAAGUAAGCAGCACCAGCCAACCGGAGGCAGUGUCCACACCGGAAAACGUCCCAGCUGGGAUAAAUGUUGCUAAAAAAUUAGUCACAAAAGAAAGGUUAAAGCAUGGCUUACAGAAAAUUAUGUCUCCAAAAUUACCUGCUGCUGCUUUACAGCCAUCUACAAGGCAUGGUACUUCUGAAGAGCAAGAUCAAAAGAUGGAGAAGAUACUUGCAGGAGUGGCUGCUCAGAUCCAACAAAGGAAACACAGAAAACACCGCCUUGAGUUGAGAAAAAAAUUUGGCCUGCAUAGAGAAGAGAGAGUAUAUCUGCAGAGAAUUCCUUUAUCAGUUAUUCUCAGAAAAUCAGAAGCGGCUGUGUGCUCCAACAAUGUACAGAUGAGUGACUCUUGCAAAUUGUCACCGGCAGUACCUAUUAAACCUGGACCUGAGGAAGAGAAAGAGAUAACUGAGGAACAGGAGGAAGAGUUGAAUAUAAAGAGGAAGGCAAAAAUGGUACCAAUACAAGAAUAUACAAAGAAGCAGAAAACAGAAAUAGAAUUCAUACCAAAACCAAAUUUGGAAUGUGGCAACUCUGACUCAGUAGUGGAUAACCUGAGUAGCUCUUGCACACAACUUGUAUCAGAGCAAGGAAAUCCUACAAGCAUUCUGCAGUUCUCUCAAAGGGUGGACCCUCACUCAAAUCUUUGUGUUCAAAGUAAUGAAGAGAACAAAAUUUCAACCUCUGCUUUACACUACAGUGAACAUAAAACUCCUUUAAGCAAGGGUUCUUUCAGAGAAGAUUUUUCAAUUAACCCUCCAGAUCUGGAGGAAACAAUAAGGGAUGAAAAAAUUGCAAAGCUUAAACUCAUGCUGAGGGAACGAGAGGCAGCACUAGAGGAAAUUCGUAAAAAAAUGCAGCAGACGUGAGAAGCCUAGUCCUUACCUAGCCCCAAAUUUUGCUGCAACCCCUUUGCAACUUGUUAAUGUUAUUUCUUGUUUCUUGCAUAUAAAGCAAAUAAAAAAUCUACUUUUUAUGUUUACAUAUUGAGUGCAAGUAUAAACAUUUUCAAGCCUAGGAACUUAUGUAGCAGAGUAUUGUUUGCAGAAUGUGAUACUUGUUAGUUCAAUAUAUUCUCUCAUUAUUGCAGUAAAUGCAGUUUAUAUUCUUGUUGUUUAUUGAGGUUGUUUCAUAGAAUGAAGUGUAAAUGAUCCCCCCCCCCCAGUUUUACGUUAAAAGGAACAGCUUAAGUUCGUUUCAGAAAGAUGAAUUUUCUAGAAAAAUUGCUACUAUUAACUUACUUGAAUUGGGUAAUUGGAAUCAAAUGUCAAUGAAUGGGGUAACAGUAUUGAAUUCAUCAUGUUUCUUUAGUGAUAAAAGUUUGUUUGAAUUUCCUAAAGCCAGAUUUUAAAAAAUCAACUCUUUAACUUCACCCAGAUCAGUUUUUAAUUAGAGCAGGUGAGAUCUGCAACAAAGUGGUGCAGUAAUGUUCGUAUUCAGGAUGCCUGACAGCCAGCCAUGCUCUUUUCUGAGGUACCUCUUUCCCCUAUUUGUAAAGCUCUUGCCCUUGUUGAAGUGUAUGUAUCUUCUGGUUUAGUCUGAAUAUAAUUCUUACUCAUCUAGUUUGGUAUGUUUUAUAUCAUGUUGGAACAUAUCUGACAGUAAAAAUGUAUUCAUCAAGGCACUGCCUAUGUAGAUUCCUGCCACAAAAUGUUCCAGUAGUGUUCUUUGUUUGUUUGGCACUUUCAAGAUGCGGUUACAUUUAAACCAUUGGCCACAAUGCCAUAUAGAAUAUGUUCCCUUAGCUAAUUAUUCUUGGCAAUCCAUUAAUAGCCAGUUACCUUGAAUUGUAUAUGAAUACAAGUGGUUUAAAUGGUUUUGGUUGUCCUAAAAUAUAUACAAACAAGUUCAUCUCAUAACAACUUUUUGUUUUAUUCAGUUGCCUACUACUGUUCAGUUCCCUCUUGCUAUGUAAGAGAAGACAGCCCCAUCACCUGAGUUCCAUUGACACUGGCGGUACCAUAAUAUUACUGUUUAUGAAAACAAAAUUUUAACUUGUCUUUCUUGUUGAUACUGGCUUAUGAUCUCAGAAUAUGUGUAGAAUAUAGAAAACGUUUGUUCUUCGAAAAGACAAAUGGUUCUGAUUUUUAAAAUCCAUUCAAGUUUAGAAUAGGCAUAUUCCAACUUGUGGGGACGCGGCUGGCGCUGUGGGUUAAACCACAGAGCCUAGGGCUUGCCGAUCAGAAGGUCGGCGGUUUGAAUCCCCGUGACGGGGUGAGCUCCCGUUGCUCGGUCCCUGCUCCUGCCAACCUAGCAGUUCGAAAGCACGUCAAAGUGCAAGUACGGUAGAUAAAUAGGUACUGCUCUGGUGGGACGGUAAACGGCGUUUCCGUGCGCUUCUCUGGUUCGCCAGAAGCGGCUUUGUCAUGCUGACCACAUGACCUGGAAGCUGUACGCCGGCUCCCUCGACCAAUAAUGCAAGAUGAGCGCCACAACCCCAGAGUCGGUCACGAAUGGACCUAAUGGUCAGGGGUCCCUUUACCUUUAUUCCAUCUUGUCCUUCUCCCUUAGAAUUGUAGAGUUGGAAGGGUCAUGUAGUCCAAAUCCCCUACAAUGCAGGAAUCUCAACUAUUGCAUCCAUGACAGAUGGCCAUCCAACCUCCGCUUAAAAACCUCCAAGGAGAAAGAAUCUACCACCUUCCAAGGGAAUCUGUUCCACUGUGAGAAAGUUCUUCCUGAUGUUGGUAUCUCCUUUCUUGUAACUUGAAUUCAUUGGUUCAUGUUCUGGAGCAGGAAAAAGCAAGCUGGCUCUAAACACCAUCCGAAUUUUAUUAAGCUGCAGGGGAAGUGAUACCAUCAGUAGUUUUGGAAGGAAAUCUCCACAUGUUGCUUAGCAAAGAGAAGGUUGCUGUUUGAUUCAGAAAUUCUACAAGGUCUAGUAUGAAAAUACAAUUAUGGGAGGAGCUGCACAGUGACUGUACCUUCUAUGUCUCCCCCCCUAACAUGGCAACCAUGUUGUGGCUGGCACCCUCAAAACUCUCAAAAUUCCAGAUGUGCCCACUGGUCCAGAAAGAUGGUUGACCCCUAAUUUAACCUAUAUAUGGAAAUAUUUCAAUCCCAUCUCCUUUCAUGAGUAUGCAGAAUUCAUGGACUUUAGUCAGCAAACUUUAAUCUGUAUUUUAUUAUUCAGUAUAUAUAAAAAUCUAGAAGAAAUGUUGCAGGCUGCUACUGGCAGUAUUACUUCAUAUUUGGAAUUGCAUUGCUUUAUGGGUUAAUUAAAAAUAUUUUCACAUAA